UUCUGGAGUUUUGUUUUCAAUGUUAUACAGUGGUUUAGGACAUCCCUCGUCUGACAAGACCUUCUUCCUGUGACUUUCCUUUAUUGGACUUUUCAAACUGCUUAGCUUAGUUUUCAUAGAAACUCAUUUUGCCAGUUUAUGUGUUAUUAAAGUAAAUUACCAAUACAGUGACAAGUACAGCUGGCAUCAAACACAAUUGUGAACAUAUGCAACUGAUUCUUGCUAAGCAUGAAGCUCAGCAGUGUACCAGUGUAUUGGGGAGUGGCCUCAAAUCUAGAUGUGGGCCUUGGUCAGUAUACUUUACAUUUGGGAUGGAGAGCCUUGGCUGACCCAGCAGUUCUUGUAAGUGGAGGUUGGUGAGAAAAGUUCUACUCAACUGCAUUUUCUAGGGUGAAGGCAAUGAUGUGCUUUCAUUCUUUAAUCAAGGAGAUGUGAAUGGACCAGCAUUUUGUAUUCUGAAUCCCUCUUGGGAAAUUGGUGAUAUGUUUGUUGUAACUUAGAAAAUGUGCCUAAUUUAUUUUUUAAUCAACUAGCAUACCUGUGAGAUAGCUAGCUAAGAAAGGGUAUUAUGCAUGUAUGAAGAUCAGCAAAAUUAACUACUGUACAAAGAUUAAACCUGUUAACUUCACUAAUGUGGUAUUUUAAGCAGCUGAGCUAAACAUCAAUGGAGUGAAGGUAUGGCCUUUUUCUGUUCUCAAUUCAAUAACUCAAUGUUGAUAUUUGUUGAACCCUCUCCAUAUGCCAGGCACCCUGUAAAAAAUAACAUUCUGGGAAGGAAUGGCCACAUCUGUAGCCCUGUAUUAAUGGUCCAUUCCUUAUUUACAAAUUAAUGUCCUCAGGAGGUGUUCAUUAGACCAGAUGUCAAAAACCCACUGGAAUAUAUUAAGUGAGAAAAUAAGUCUGAAUUCUCCUUGCCUAGGUUUUUUGGCUGGCUUCUUCCUGAGCCACCUUCUCCUUAGCGUGUUUUGCUCCCAGUCAGGGUUUGCCAGCGCUCUGUGCUUGUGCAGGCAUGCCCCACUUCCCGCUGCAGGGGUAAUGACAACUCACAUUUGUAUUCUGCAGUUGAGGAAGCCUGUGCAUGCUACAGUACCUCAUUUGACCCUCCCAACAACUGUAGGGUAGAUGUUAUCUGCAUGUAACAAAGAAACUGAGUCUCAGAGAAGAGUGGGCUUUUAACCUUGUGUGAGAAAGGAGAGAAAGAGGAAGCGAGGAGAAAGGAAGAAAAUGAAAAGAAAAGAAGGAAUUGUAGGAACUGAUUUGCUUAGUGGUAUAAUACCUGAACUCUGUCAGAAAUAUCCAGAUUUAAAUUUCCUAAUUGGAGGAGAGGGACCAAAGAGAAUCAUUUUGGAAGAAGUUCGGGAAAGAUACCAGCUACAUGACAGGGUGCAUCUUUUGGGAGCUUUAGAACACAAGGAUGUUAGAAAUGUCUUAGUUCAAGGACACAUUUUUCUUAAUACCUCCCUUACCGAAGCAUUCUGCAUGGCGAUCGUGGAAGCAGCCAGUUGUGGUUUACAGGUUGUAAGUACCAAGGUUGGUGGAAUUCCUGAGGUGCUUCCAGAAAAUCUUAUUAUUUUAUGUGAGCCUUCAGUAAAAUCUUUGUGUGAAGGGUUGGAAAAAGCUAUUUUCCAACUGAAGUCGGGGACAUUGCUAGCUCCAGAAAAUAUCCAUAACGUAGUAAAGACUUUCUACACCUGGAGGAAUGUUGCAGAGAGAACUGAAAAAGUGUAUGACCGGGUGUCACUGGAAGCUGUGUUGCCAAUGGACAGACGACUAAACAGGCUCAUCUCUCACUGCGGCCCAGUAACAGGCUACAUUUUUGCUUUGUUGGCUGUUCUCAACUUUCUCUUCCUCGUUUUCCUGAAAUGGAUGACUCCAGAUUCUGUCAUUGAUGUUGCAAUAGAUGCCACUGGGCCAAGAGGUGCCUGGACUCAUCAGUAUUCUCCCCGAAGGAGAGGGAGUGAGAAUAAUGUUAUAUCUAAAACCAGGUAGAAGAAAGCCUGGAUUGUAAGAUUUUAAGCAUUUGUAAUAGCUCUAUUAAGACUAUUGAAAAUAACCUUGCUUUGGGGGGUUUUGGUUUUUUAAAGUUAAUUUAGUAAGUUAUGCUACCUCUAUAUCAUUCAAAGUUUUCUUUUGAGGAAAGAUAAAAAACUUAUGCAAUUCCUGAGGGUAGAAGCUCCUUACACUUACUUAAAAUUUAGGAGAGAACAUUUAAGCCACUCAGGUAUGAAAUUUUUCAGACUACUGAAAUCCUUCUAGCAGAGAUGUUUUAACAUUAUAUUUUGAGAGCUUUGGGUGCUGAAUGGCCAAAUGUUUUCUGGGCAUUUUUUGGCCAGUUUUUACUGUUAUACCAUUAGACAUUAAUUAGACACUCACCAGAUGUUUACAUGUUUUCUUUAGGGAAGUACAACAACUAUAUGAACUAUUUUAAGUCACAUUCGUAUACAUUUAUUAGAGAUCUAAGUCAUGUUCUUAAACAUUUAUUGGGUCCACUCAGUAAGUGUUCCAUAUAAUCAACAGGUUUCUUGAGUAAGAUGGUUCAUUAGUUACCAGCACAUUUUGAGCACCUGCUAUGUGUAGAAUGUUGAACCAGAUACUUCUGCCUUUACAGACCAGGGGUGUAUUCAUUGUUUAUCAUUGAAAUGGCUUACUUCAUUGUAGUCAUGGUUGACAUGAAAUGGUAAAAUGUCCAACAUGCCAAGAAUGCUCAGGCUAGUUAAUACCAGGAAAAAAAAUCACUGACACACUCCUAGUACUUUGAUCCUGUUGUAUGAAUUUUCCUAGGUAGAGCCUUCGUCUGCAAUUGUGUUUACGAAGAUAUUUUUUGCUUUUCAAAUACUAGGGACCGACAUCACUGUUGAUGAUAACGCAGAGAAACCCUCCACAUUUUUCAGUGCAUAAUUUAGUCCUCUGUAAAUGCCUUCGUGUUUUCUGAGCAGAAUGUAUGAGGUGUGCCAUCUCAAAACCAGCUGCUACCCUGUCCUUUUGGUAUGAGUCACUACCCUUCACUGUGGCCUCUCUCAUGUCUGAUAAGUAUUGUCAGUGUUGCAAAGGCUUUGUUCCAGAAUGUUUUAUUUAUGGCAAACCAAGUCUGAAAAUUUUAGGAAUGCAAUGUCUUUGUGGGUGGACGUUGUUAACUAUAAGUGUUGUUGCCCAGAGCCAUGGGUUUUUUAACCCCAAAUUAUCCACAUGGUGUGUAUUAUUAAUUCUUUGAACUCUUUAGAAUAAGUUUUUGUGAGAAAAGGACUGUGAAAUUAAAACAAUGAGACACUCGUGGGUGCACUGGAUUGAUUCCGUCAGUAUUGUGAUUCUGUACAGAAUUUUUUUAGAUGAUGACAACAUUCAAAAACUUCUUACUUUUUAAAAAGUAUUUUAACAUGCCUAUUAACUGGUUGCACUGAUGUAAAAGAAAUAUAUUUGUGUUUUGUUUGUACUAAAACACAAAUGCAAGAAUGAAAUUUUUAAAAUCUAGAAGUUAGAGUUUCUUUUGUUGGAGAAAAAUGAACUGAUCCAAACCAGUCUAGUUGGGUUUUUAUGCACAGAAACUCAUGUAUAAUUAUGAAGCAAACCAUGCCAACAUUCAUGGUAAAGUGAGAAACUGUAACAUUUGAUUUGAUUUAUUCUACUCAGCAGUUUUUAAAGGAACACUACCAUUCCAGUUUUUCUUAUAUUUUUUGCUUCUUAAUUUUUUUAACCAUCAUUUAAUUCUUAAUUUGUCAUUUAUUUUUAAGAUUGAAAUAAGAUUUAAAGUUAGUUGCCUUUGCAUGUAAACUAUGUAAUUUUCCAUUUUUCCCCUUUUUUUAACAAAUGAAAGUAAAUUUAUUUGUCUUACAUCAAUCUUAAUUUUCAGCCUUCCUGGAUACCUUAAUUGUAACUGUCAGUAUUGCACUGAUCAGUGUGUGGAAACACAUUGUUCUACCCUGCUACUUACAUUUAUUUGAAAGUGAACUUAUAGUGAUGAGGAAUUUAUUAAAAACAUACUGUAUUUCUUUGGAUGUUAUGAAAGAUGGCAUAUAUAAAACUGAUUUGUUAAAACAUGCUACAUAUCCAAAAAUAAAGAUCAGAAUAACAUUUUUAUAAUUUUC